AUGACACUUGGCGGCAUUGGAGUAGCUUUGGUGGACUCAAAGGAUGUGCCAGACAUGGUUUUACAGAUAUAUCUGCAGCGGUUUGCAAAUCCCCCGUCACCCCUUGAUAAUGUCAUGGUUCGAUGCCUGGCGAAUAUGUGGAUUGCAGGAGCGAGGUCUAUCCAUGAUGGCGUGAUGAAAUUGUUCACGCAGAUCUCGAUCGAAUCUAGCAAUCGCGUUUAUUCUCAAGAGCCUGUAGGGGCGGGAGAGCACAGAUAUGCCCAUGUCUCGCUAGCAGUCGACACAGCCCUAGGAAGAAUGGCUGAUGGAGUGGCUGAAGGAGAAGAUCAGCAUGCCUUGCUUGUGCGACUCCUGGAAUUGUUUGUUCAACUGGGUAUAGAAGGAAGAAGGGUCGGAGAGAAAGUGUCAAAGAGUACUGUUAAGAUGUCGACCAGCGCUGGAAAUCUCGGCGUUUUAAUGCCAAAAAUUGCAACUCUUUUGAAAAGAAUGGAACCAAUUUCAAAUCCUUCAACAAGAUUGAGGAACUUGUUCAGAGAUUUCUGGUUUUAUUGCACCGUGCUGGGAUUCGACGUUGAAUACUCAGGUUGGUAA